UACGCGAUGGUUAAAUAACGGGAGAGUAUGCAUAGCGGUGAUCUCGCGUGGAUUUUCUUUUUUAAAUAUACGCGAUACACAUAACGCUUCAACCUCCCCCAUCACAUCGGGAGUGACAUAGCGAAUGACGCUCGCGCUUUCUGUCAGUCGGCGAAAUGACGUGCCGGAGAGCGUUUCCGUUCACGUUUUUAACGGUGUUGGUGUUCUGUGCAACAUUCCGACGAGGCGCUCCCGUUGUCGCAGGGACCAUCGAAAAUAAGAGCGUCACUGAGAAAGCGCAGCCAGAGGGUUGCAUCGAGUGCGGAUAUUACAGAUGUCCGGAGAAUUCUGGAAAAUGCUUGCUGGGCUCGGUACCUGAUCCUUGUGGAUGCUGUCCGGAGACUGGUUUGUGCGCCCGUCUCCUUGGCGAACCAUGUUGGAACGCCAGCAUCCCUGUUUUAUCUCCAAAGAGCCGUAACGAUGGAUACUGUGCAAGAAAUUAUCUAUGCGAGUUACGCUCCGAUUUAGAAGAAAAGGAUGCUCCGGAGGCAACCUGCGUCUGUAUGGAACAGAGCCCGGCGUGCGGUAGCAAUAACGAAACUUACCCGACGCCGUGCGCGUUGCACGAAGAAGCGAUGAAACUCAGGAACUCAUCUUCCUUGAGGUUGCAACACCUCGGUCCUUGUGAAAGUAGACCUUGGAUUCUAUCAACUUUGGAAGAUGUUGUCUCAUCUUUUGGUCAACGCGUCGCACUUAAUUGCGAGGCAAAGGGCUUCCCUGUGCCAGAUAUCUUCUGGGAAUUUCAUUCGGCUGACGGGAGAAGCGUAGUGAAAUUGCCAGGAGAGGAGCACGAGGCGACAGUACACACGAGCGAGGGCCCAGAGUCACUUAUGCGAACAUCGUGGAUGCAAUUGGCUCGGCUGGAUGCAAAACACAUUGGGAUGUAUUAUUGCAUUGCUAACAAUUCCAUAGGCGAAGCAAGCACGUCUUCGUUCGUGUCUAUACUGUGAGAUUGUACUUUUACCUUGUGGCACUAUCUUUCGUAUAACUGCUGUGUAUACGAAUACAAUGAAAGAGAAAACAAGCUGACUAAUACAUUGGGGAGGUUUAUUUUCCUGACAAACAGACGCAUGAAGAAUUAUUCGCACAAAUGAUCCAAUUUUGAGAUCAAGUAGACUCGAUGGAAACGUAUGAACGGCAGUUGGCUUCUAGAAAUCUGCUUACGAUUAGAUACAAGUAAAACUUAUUUUGUAUACUUAUCUAUAACUUCAAGCUUCUUCGAUGUUUUUGCUAUAUUAAAUCUUGUGUGUGAUGCUGU